UCCUAUCACGCCUAUUCAACCGCUUAUUCAAGGCAGAGACAAUAUCUAGGCCCACUUUGUUUCCAUCCGAAACGUCUCGCAGCCCCGAGAUCAGAUGAAUGACCGCGGCAGAGGCUGGGUCUUUGCAGGACCAUCUAUUGUCCAUUCUCCUUGCUGAACAGAAUUUCCCUUGACAUCGCAUGGAAGACCCAUCAACAUGGUCGCAAUUGAUCAAGCACUCGGGCGUACCUUGUACCAAUUCCCCAAGCGGUCGGGCAAAGUCGUCGAGGCCAGUCACCGGUGUGUAUCUGACAGAGGAUGCUUCUCACGUCAGUCAAAGGUUUUGGUGGGUUGGUGUCGGCCUGGAAGUGACGAGGACGCGGUAUCGUCCAUGGCGAUAUUCACUCGAGACUUUCAUAUCGUGCUGCGCAUCAACACAAUGAGCCACGUAAUUCGAGAGCAGCGUCGUCCUCGAGAAAUACCCUUCAUGUUAACUUGCGAACACGAGCUCGGAGGUUCAACAUCGCGACUGUCUUUCAAUGCCGUGCUUCACCUAUAUGCCACCCUGUCUUACUUUGUCGAGCUAACCCACUGUGAUUCAAGUUCCGCCUCUAAGAAGCUACUCUGGGCAAACACAGUGCUGGAGGCUGGACACUCGGAGGUCGAAGGUUUGCGGACUAUAUUCGACACUCACGCCCAAUUGGAUACUGCCAAUUUUGAACGUGCUGGUCGGCAGUAAGCUUUCCCAGCUUCUUCUUGGGCACCGUGCUGUCCCAUGGAACACACACGGCAGUGAUAAGGAGCGAGGUACACUUACGUCACUGAUCAGGGGUCGUUAUCACAGACUGAGGGGGGUCCGGACAGCCGGUACCACCUCAGUACCCCGAUGCUAACCAAGUCGAAAUCUGUGGAUCUACACUUGAGAAAACGAACUUCCUAUUUCGGUUGGAGGUAGAUUUUGUUGCAUUCAAUGCCCAUGAAAGCUACAAAUUUUCUCCAGCCUCCCGUCACAUAAAAGACGUGGAUGCCACUUU